AUGGCAGAAAAGACUGAGAUAUCUCUGACAACUUCAAUCGAAGUUCUCCGUCUGAACCUCGAAAGUCAUGGCUUGGAAUUGACCGAAGAUGGACAUGUUCGUUGGGACAAGAAAAACCCAGCACACCCGAGAAACUGGACAGCUUGGAGAAAGGCGUACAAUACAAUCGUCAUCCUCUUCUUGGAAUUGAUCACAACAAUGAAUGGAACCGCUGGGACAUCAGCGGCAGAUCAAGCUCUACAUCAUUACAAAAUAAGUCAAAGUUUGGCGGUAUUCGCAUUUACUUCCACAUAUGUCCUUGGCCAAGGAGUAGGGGGCAUCUUCUUCCCACCCUUUUCAGAAGCCUUCGGCCGCAAAACUCUUUACAUCACGUCGACACUAUUAUAUUGCAUCUUUUGUGUCAUAGCUGCUUCAGUCCCAUCAAUCGCAGCAGUAGUUGUAGCCAGACUCAUUACUGGUAUUUUAUCCGCAAUUCCCACAAUCGUUGUUGCGGGCAGUAUCGAGGACGUAUUCAACAUGCAAGCUCGCGUGUGGAUGAUCUUUUGCUGGGCACUGGUUGGGAAUCUUGGUCUUGUGCUAGGGCCCAUCUUCAGCACGUAUAUUGCAAAUGUCCUUGAUUGGCAGUGGGUGUUUUACAUUGCAGCUAUCAUCACAGGCAUCAUAUUUCUCCUUUGCUUAGGAUUGAAAGAGAGCCGUCCAAGUCUUUUGCUUGAGCGCCAAGUGGCUGCGUUCCGCAAGGCAGCUCCCACUGGGCUGUAUCGAACUCGUAAUCCGGACCGCAUACCAGAUCUCAAAGCGUUCCUUGACGUCACCAUUAUUCGUCCAAUACGACUUCUAUUCACAGAACCCAUAAUAAUUAUGGUAACCAUAAUGGACUCUGUUGCGACCACCUUAUUCUAUUUGCAAGCAGAGUCCCUCAUCGUUGUUUACACCUCACUAGGUCUCUCAGGAACUCAAGCAUCAUUAUCCUUGAUCCCGGUGGGCAUUGGCUGUCUCUUAGGGUUUCUCCCUCGGUUUUAUGACGACUGGAAACUUACAAAGCUCCGCCAACAAGGGAAACCACUGCAACCUGAAGACAAGCUUUUUGGCUUCGUCCUCGGAUCACCCGUACUUGCGGUUGCUUUAUGGUGGUUUGCGUGGACCAUCCCACCUCAAGUCCAUACGCAUUGGGCGAUUUCCAUGCUGGCUUUAAUACCAGCCGGAUUUGCUUUGAACGAUAUCACCUUUACCCUGCAAGGUUAUUUGGCCGACAGCUAUACCAUCUACGCCGCUUCAGCAUUCGCUGGUGGAUUGCUUGCAAGGUCCUUGAUGAUUGCAGCCAUCCUGCCUUUCACUAGACUUAUGUAUACCAGAAUUACUGCAAAUGCUGCGACUUCUAUUCUUGCGUCUGUUGGGACUUUGUUCUGCGUCUCGCCGUAUAUACUUCUUCGGCAUGGGAAGGGGAUCCGUAAGGCGAGUCCGUUUGCGCAGUUUAGCCUGGAUACAUACACAGAGAAUCAGGUGGAAGAUGAUAUGAAUGCUGCUGGAUUGGUACUGGAAACAUAG